AGGAAGAAGAGGAGGAGGGAACUGGAGCAGGAAGGAAGACGGUUAGGGAAGCCAGGCGCUGAAUGCUAACAAGCUCCUCUGUAACCAUUAAUGUUCCAUAGGCUCGGCUUUCACCAAACAUAUGGGAUUUAAAAAGGACCCCACGAGCGCCAAUUGAGUCCUAAUAUGCGGCAGUGCCGCGUUCGCCCCGCGCGCGUGCAGCAGUCUCGCGAACGUCGGCACCUUUGAUCCGUAAAAAAAAAAAAAACGUCCUUUUUUUUUUUCUUUCUUUUUUUUCUCCCGCUGAGUGAAAUGUAUGGAGACUGCUCGAGCCUGACGUUCUGACAAUGGAGAUUGAAAACAUCGUGGCUAACACGGUUCUCCUGAAGGCGAGAGAAGGUGGAGGAGGCAAGAGGAAUGGUCGCAGCAAGAAAUGGAAGGAGAUGCUUAAACUCCCACACAUCAGCCAAUGCGAGGAACUUCGCCGCAUUAUCGACAGAGACUUCACCAGUCUAUGUGAGAAGCAGCCCAUCGGUCGGCUGUUGUUCCGUCAGUACUGUGACACCAGGCCGGAGCUGAAGCGAUGCAUUGACUUCAUGGAUGCUGUGGUAAGAGCCAUGUACCAGUUGGCUCCUGAUGAGAAGAGGAGGGACUGUGGACUGAAUGUAUUAGACACAUACUUUAAUAAUGGGUCGGCGGCCCACCUGCCAGACAUUCCCCAGGACGUCAUCGCCCUGUGCCGAGAGAGCCUGGAGCAGACUCCCUGUAAGGAGCUCUUCAACGACUGCACCAAAAUAGUUCGUGAUUAUCUGAGUGGAGCUCCAUUUUCUUCCUACCAGGAGUCCAUGUACUUUUCUCGCUUCCUGCAGUGGAAAUGGUUGGAAAGACAACCUGUAACCAAAAAUACCUUCAGACAUUAUAGAGUAUUAGGAAAAGGUGGAUUUGGCGAGGUUUGUGCCUGCCAAGUACGUGCCACCGGUAAGAUGUACGCCUGUAAAAAGCUGGAAAAGAAACGUGUGAAGAAAAGAAAAGGUGAAGCAAUGGCACUAAACGAAAAACGCAUUUUAGAAAAAGUUAACAGUAGUUUUGUAGUUAGUCUAGCUUACGCCUAUGAGACAAAGGAUGCGCUGUGCCUGGUCUUAACCUUAAUGAAUGGUGGUGACUUGAAAUUCCACAUUUAUAACAUGGGAAAUUCUGGCUUUGACGAGCAAAGAGCCAUUUUCUACGCUGCUGAGAUCUGCUGUGGCCUUGAGGAUCUGCACCGUGAGAGGAUAGUCUACAGAGAUUUGAAGCCAGAAAACAUCCUUCUGGAUGAUCGUGGGCACAUUCGGAUCUCCGAUUUGGGCCUUGCUGUUCAAAUCCCUGAGGGGGAGACGAUACGAGGGAGAGUGGGCACAGUUGGAUACAUGGCUCCUGAGGUGAUCCAGAACGAGAGCUACAACUUCAGCCCGGACUGGUGGGGACUAGGCUGUCUGAUUUUUGAGAUGAUCCAGGGCCAGUCGCCCUUCCGGAGACGCAAGGAGCGGGUCAAGCGGGAGGAGGUGGACAGACGAGUGCGCGAGGACCAGGAGGAGUACUCGGAUAAGUUCUCGGAGCAGGCGAAGGACAUCUGCAGGCAGCUCCUGGUCAAGGACCCCAAGGAGCGGCUGGGUUGUCGGGGUUGUGGGGCCACGGAGGUCAAGCAGCACCCCAUCUUCAGAAGCAUCAACUUCAAACGGCUGGAGGCCAACAUGCUGGACCCUCCCUUCAUACCAGAUCCUCGAGCCGUCUACUGUAAAGACGUUCUGGACAUCGAGCAGUUCUCUACUGUCAAAGGAGUGAACCUUGACCCUACCGACGAUGACUUCUACUCUAAGUUUGUCACAGGCAGUGUCUCCAUCCCGUGGCAGAACGAGAUGAUUGAGAUGGAGUGCUUCAAAGAAAUCAACAUCUAUGAGACCGACGGGAUGCUGUGCUCAGACCUGGACGUGAAUCGGCCCAACCCUCCUCCGAAGCGGGGGUUCUUCUACCGCCUGUUCAGAAGAGAGGCAAGUGCUAGUGCUCCGGCAACUGUCCGAGGGGGUGGGGGCUAAGGUCUGUCUAAAGAGCGGUUACAGUGACGAAGAGACUGAAGAGCCCUCACGACUUUAAACCACUCCGUCCCCUUCGCCCACGCCCCUCUGCCGCAGAGCUUCACCACAACCUCCAACCGAGCGCGAGAAUCUUAGGAACUCAGUGAAUGUCAACCUGUAUUUAUGAGCUGUAUUAAAAGUGUAUUAUAGCUAAAGAAAAAAAAAAGUAUGACUUUAAAGAUUUUGUACAUUUGUACUUGAAUUUAUGUCUAGAUGUAUAUUUUCACUAAAGGUUGUAUUGUACAAAAAGCCAUAAAAGUACCACUUGAAUGCAUACAUUGCCUUUUUAUUUUCUUUUGAUUUUAUGGAUAAUGUUCAUUAGGUGUGUAUUGUUUUUUUUUUUGUUUUUUUUCUGAAGAACAGAACCAUUAGUCUUUUUAUUUUUCACAAUGUAGCAUAAGGCCUUUUUUUAAUGUACUGUGCUGUAUGUUUGCCAUUAACUUGGAUUUCUUUUUAGCGCAUUAGCUCCACUUUUUUAACUAAGCUAACUCUUAGCCGCUAUGAAUUGAUCUCAAUCUAAACCCAAGAAUUAGAGUUGGAACGGAAUCUAGUUUCUUUUUUAUUUUUUCACCAUUAAAGCCCCGAUCCUUGAUCUGUUUUGCAAAGAGCCGUGGGUCAUUUGAAAACAUGGGAACUAGAUGGACAUGUGCAGCACCGUGCCCGGGUGUCUCAGACUCAGCUUGUAUUUACUGUAUGUGUUUAUGUCUGGAAAUCUGCGCAUCAAUGAAACGCAGAGCAAACGCCUAAUUCCACAAACUCUUAAAAAUCAUAGUUUUUGUGACUCACAUGCCUUUUUAACAGGAAUACACCUGCUAGUUACAUAUCUGUUACUUUGUUUUUUUCUCCACGCUGACAUUUUUUUUGCCCCCUCCCCUUUUUAUUUAAAUUCUAACUUUUCUCAUCCUUUUCUUUUCAAAUGAAUCAAAGUGGAAACACUUUUCAUAGAAAUCUUAGUAAUUUGCUGCCCUUUAGUUUUGGAAUACCAGAAAGCCUCCAAGUUUAAUUUGUAAAAACCUUAAAGAAAACGUGUUUAGGUUUGCUGCUAGUUUCAUUUAUAGCUCAAAGAAAGAUUUUGAUUAAAAGUAUUUUUGAUUUUU